AGACCUAAAUUUUGUCAGCUGUUACUUAGUUUGUUACUAACUUUGUUAAUACUUGGAUGCUGAAUAGGAUUAUAUUGACAAAAACUAACAUGACAAGAAAAUAUCCGUCAGAACGCUUCGAGGACGUAUUCCAGGAAGAGAUCGUCAAGGCUUUCCGUAAAAUCGACAAUUUUAAAAGAUUCGCUCGCUCCAGCGCUGGGCUGUGUUUGGACCAACACGAAAUUGAUGAUAUUGUUGCAGACAAUAGAGAAUCGGUUGAAGAGCAAAAAAUUCAAAUGCUGAUGAAGUGGAAACAAAAUGCCGGUUCUGCGGCAACAGUUCCAAGGAUUCGAGCUCUUCUUCGUGGGUACAUAAACAGUGAUUCUAACAAAGGUAUAGUAAUUCUAGUUAUUACAUCCGGUUAAGAGCGUUCUUAAUACGAAGCUGAUAUUUCGUGGUAGAGAAGUGCGUAAACACUAGCGUACUAACAGGGUCAUGCCCUUCAUUACUUAUGACAUCGCUUUUUCUGGUACCAUGAGUUUUAUUACAGGUUUGACUUUUUUUGACUUAAUUCCUACUCAAGUUAUUAUUAAACAUCCCUUUGUGAUGAGAGUACUAUGUGUUCAAUUUUGCAUUUUACGAAAAUUUUGAUGUAUGACGUCAUUAAAUAGCA